GGGGAAUUUGACUGUAGUGCUAUUGGUAGACAAUGACAGAAAUUGCUACAAGUCAGCGACCGUUUCAGUCAAGUUCUUUACACUGCAGAGAGCGCGACCGUCGGAAUUCUUUCAAUUUCUUCUACCGUCGACGGCAUCAAACGAAGGAAGCAUGUCUGAAACCGACAACAAAUCAGCCAGUGAUGAACCAUCGGCUUGUGCUCCACAAGAAAAGUCUGCAAAUGGACUGGAAACAUCUACUUCUCUUCCUGCUUCCACAUUAGUCUUUCCAGCGAAUCCGGCCAUGAGUAUGCAACCUUUUCGUGCUGUACUUGUGAACAUCACUGGAUCGGAUGGCACCGUAAGGCAAGCCAUUCAACUAAAAGAAGUAACAGCAGCAAAUGGUUCGAGCACGAAUGCACAAUUUGCCACCAACAGUCAGACAAGCGAGUUUCAACCUUCAACUGUGGAUGAUAACGUACUGUCAUCGCCCUCGUCAUCUUCAUCACAAGUUGAGGUCAGUGCUGAAAGCAACAGGAGCAAGGACGUUGUCAGUGAACCUUGCACUGAGGUUUUAUCAGACUGUGAUCCGCCGGCAGCAAAGUGCAUCAAGCUGGAGCGACAAACACUACCGUCCUCUUACACGGCCAAAACAGAACGAGCAAAGCAGUACAAUAUGUUUAUUCGUCAGUUGGUUGAUGCCAAACUAGACAAGAAAAUACCUAUUUCGUUGCAGCCGAGGGAUCAGAUUCAAGAGAUCAUUGAUAUAGCUAGUAGUGAGUUCCCAGACUUCACUGACUGCACAAGAAAGAGAAUCCGCACAUACCUGAAGGCAUGCCGAAACAGCAAACCGAAGAGUGAAUCAUCGCAGUUGUUCAAUACGUCAACUGCCUUGUGUGAUCAACGAGUACCAGGAACAGCCUCUUCCAACUUACUGGCCUCACCGUCUGUUUCACUGUGUGUUGCUAAUACUACUGGAGCAUCUAUCACGUUCACAGAAGACAACUACGCAUCUAUCAGACAACUAAUUCAAGGAUACAAACAGUCAGCAACGUUUCUCGCCAAAGCGGCGGCAGAGCUAGAACAACUGCUUCCACCGUCGUCUUUGAGUCCGCUGUUGUAACACUUGAUAAUAUCUUGCCAUA